AUGACCAAGGCAGGUCCCACGGAUACCAUGGGCACAUAUGCCGAAACCCGGUGUGAAUAUGAAUCAUCACACAGCUCGCUCCACCCCAUCGACAUUCCAGCAGUUACAGGGCUGACUGUCGAUCAUGUUACCCGACUUAUCCUAACAAUAGGACGCCGCAACUACAGGCUAGCUCCUAGUGGAGUAGGAUGUCGAUUUUGGGUGAAAACUAUUAUCGAGGAUUUGGAGGGUGCCGGUUACAUUCACCCAAAUGGCAAAGACGCUAUCAUGCAAGCCUAUAAAGACUUGCAGUACAAUUACUCUCGAGACAAGUCCCCCGAAUUCGAGGCGAUAGUUCCUGGAGCUUUCGUGUAG